AUGGCAUCACAAGCUCCUAUAGACGGCGAAAAGGCGCCACCCGCCCCCGUGUUGGUACCGUAUCACGGUUAUCAGGCGACAUACAGCGUCGCGUCGCCGCCCCCACCAGUCGGUCGUCGCCAACGCAGAAGUGCCCGAGCCAGAUUCCUGCACGCCUUUGUGUUUGCUGGUCUAGCUUUGGUUCUCCUUCACGUGGUAGCGAAGCACGCUCGCUAUCUCCGUAACUUUGUGCACGACCGUCUGCACGGAGAACCUGACUCUGAUAUGUCGACGGGAUCCGGCGACCAUCGGUCCUGCGAGGCGGCGUCCUGGACGUUCGACCCGGAAGGCCGUGUCCCGGUGGACCAGUUCCUCCAUGUUGCCGAGGCGUCCUUCGAACUUCCCGCAUCGGCAGACCUGCUCUUUUUCAAAUCCAAGGGGGCUGCUACCUUCGCGCAUGGCGUGAUUGAGAUUGACGACUCCGGCACGGCCGGUGCGGACGUUGUGAAAGUCGACAUCACCGCGCACUACAACGACGUUGAGGAUUUCCUCGAGCACACGAAGGCGUGCCUCCUGCACCCCAGGGAAGGCGAGGAUGGCGUCGGAAUCUUUGCUCCUAUGCAUUGGGUAGACCGCGACACACGCCGGAAGGCGCGAUGGGAUCUUAAAGUCCGGUUGCCCGCGUCCUCCAGUGGAUCAUCGAGGGAGAUCAAGAAGCUGGUCACCGACAUGCCGAUGUUCUUGCACCAGGUCGGCGACAUUGGACAGAGCAUGUUCUUCGACAUCCUGUCGCUGCACACCUCCAACAUGCCGGUCCAUGUCAGGUCGCUGACUGGAGACAUCGCUACGGUGAAGACCUCGAACGGGCCGAUCUCGGGGAGAUUCAACACGUCACACUAUCUCGAGCUGCACACUUCGAACUCGCCCGUCAAAGUGGACGUCGGCUUGCUGAGCGAGUCCGACGACGAAAGGACGCCUACCAAGCUGUCCAUCAAAUCAUCCAAUGGACCCGUCGCUGCGAACCUAAGCAUGUAUGCCACUACAGAGAGCGAGACCGGCGGCCAAUUCCUCGUCGGCAUACGCACGUCUAACAGCCCCACGAACAUCGCGGUGCUCGAUGCCCCCGUCGACCACACGCUUCACUUGAAGGCGCACACGUCCAACUCGUUCGUGCAGGCGGCGUUGCACAAGACAUACGAGGGUGCAUUCAGGCUCACGUCCUCGCGCUUCUUCCGGCCAACAAUCCACGCUUCGGAUGUGCAGGAUCCCGCGGAUAAGGGCCGUCGGCGCGUUAUCGAGACGUCGAGAGCGACCGGAGGUUACUUAGAGGGCGCUGUCCACUGGCGGCCUACCGAUCGCAAGACCCGGUAUGGAUCUGUGGACAUCUCGACGUCGAACCUCGGCCUCGAUCUGUCUCUGCCAGCGUGAGGUGCCCUCGGCGUGUGACCGGUCAUCUUGCUUCUGUUUUUCGCUCGGAAUGUAUGCGUAUGUAGGAGUAUCCCCCUGUUUUGCAAGAGAUCUCAUUCGGCCUGUCUAUAUUACAUUUAGUGCGGUGACGUGUGGAGUAUACACGGGCAGAUACAACACAAGGAGAUAUUGUACCAUGGUCGAUAGCGAUUUGUGUAGUGACAAAGCAAGAACAACAG